UGUCUGCGCCAAGUCCACCUUCUAAAAUCUUCAAUGACAAUUUUCGCACGUCAGCGCACACAGGUGGUUAUAUCACAAGUGACUGCCCUGCAAAGGGGCACACACACAUUUGUAUGAAAAAUGUCUAAUUGUAUUGGUCCAGUGAUGAUUCGCCAGUGUUUAAAAUGCAGAGGUCCUCUGCAGCUGAGCUCACGCGCUUACAGUGUGCUCCCGCCCCCACGCGACAGUGAGGAGAAGGAGAUGUUGGACCGGAUGCUGCGGGUCGACCAUGCAGGUGAAUACGGGGCCAACCGGAUCUACGCCGGUCAGAUGGCGGUGUUGGGUCGAUCUAGGACUGGGCCUCUCAUUCAGGAAAUGUGGGAUCAAGAAAAGAAACAUCUUGAGAAAUUCAAUGAAAUUCUGGCUGAGAACAGAGUUCGCCCCACAGCACUGUUACCCCUCUGGAACAUUGCUGGGUUUGUAUUAGGUGCAUCCAGCGCACUCCUGGGAAAAGAGGGGGCCAUGGCCUGCACUGUGGCGGUGGAGGAGAGUAUUUCAGAACAUUACAACAGCCAAAUAAGAGCUCUGAUGGAGAAGGACCCUGAGAGAUACACCGAACUGUUACAGGUGAGUCCUCCACCGUAUUCUAUAUAACUCUUAUCACUCACA